GUCAGCCCUCUUUUCAUGCCUCUGAUCUGCCUAUUGGCAGCAGUGGGGACUGAGUGCAGCCAGGGCUGUUCCAGUCUCAUCUUCCUCACCUCCUGACCUCCUUCCCUUGGCCCCAUCCUGGCUUUUACACAACGCCAAGAGUUCACAGAUUGGUUCUGGUUGCAUCUUGUGAAUUAGGCUCUUCUUUCCUGUUUUGGCAGAGUUUGUUUUUCUCCUGUCUGAACAAUGGUGUCUGGAGAAAUCUGCGAGCUACCAGGCUGUAGAAAUCCUAGAAAGGUUUAUGGUUAAGCAAGCAGAGAGCAUCUGCAGACAAGCCACACUCCAGUCGAGAGAGAAUAAGGCAGGGCCGCAGAAUUGGAGGGCGCUGAGAGAGCAGCUUCUCAACAAGUUCAUCCUGCGGCUAGUGUCUUGCGUUCAGCUGGCCAGCAAACUUUCCUUCCACUACAAUAUAAUCAGCAACAUUACAAUCCUGAAUUUCCUCCAGGCCCUAGGGUAUCAGUACACUAAAGAAGAACUGGUGGAGUCUGAGCUUGAUGUUUUGAAGUCCCUGAACUUCCAAAUCAAUCUGACCACGCCCCUGGCAUAUGUGGAGGUGCUCCUGGAGGUUUUAGGGUACAAUGGUUGUCUGGUCCCGGCCACACAGCUGCACGCAACCUGCCUGACUCUGCUUGACCUGGUUUAUCUUCUGCACGACCCCAUCUAUGAGAGCCUGCUGAGAGCGUCAAUCGAGAGCUCCACCCCCAGUCAACUGCAAGGGGAAAAGUUUAUUGCAGUGAAGGAAGACUUCAUGCUCUUGGCAGUCGGAGUCAUUGCAGCCAGCGCGUUCAUCCAAAACCCUGCGUGUUGGAGCCAGGUCACUGGGCAUUUGCAGAGCAUCACUGGCAUUGCCUUGGAGAGCAUUGCUGAGUUCUCUUACGCAAUCCUGACUCACAGCGUGGGUGCCAACACUCCAGCACGACAGCAGUCUGUUCCUCCCCACCUGGCGGCCAGAGCUCUGAGGGCUGCUGCUUCCUCCAACACAUGAGGCAGGCUGAAUCUGCCCCCUAUCAACAAGCGCCCACUACUGCAGCCUGCCCGCCCCGGUUUACUUUCAUUACUCGGGGUACAAAAGUUCUAAGUAGCUCUCGCCCUGUUUUGCUUUCCACUUUCAGGCUUAUUUUACCCACAUCAGAGGGAAUAAAGGUAGACAGACAUGUCCUUUUGGUUGUAGCAGACUGAAAAUGUCAGAGCUGGAAAGAAAGAUUAUGAAUAAAGUUGGUUCAUUUUUGUUUUA